UCUACUUUGUUGGACAGUCGUAUUGGGUUAUAUGCCUCCCAUAUUACAACAACGACAAAUAAUACACAAUCGGUGGGUUAAUCAGUCGACUGAGCCAAUCACUUACGAUUACAUUGUGGUCGGCGGCGGUACGGCCGGCUGUGCUGUGGCCUGUCGUUUGGCUGCCCGUCCAGAGAAUAAGGUACUGCUUGUUGAGGCUGGAGGUGCACAACACGCACUGUUCAACGAUAUGCCCGGUGCCUAUGCAUACAAUUUACGUAUGAACAAUGAACAAUUUUGGCCAUACACAAGUGAACCGCAACCCGAAAUGAACUACCGUUCCCUGAAAGAAGUUCACGGUAAAGUACUGGGUGGCGAUUCAACGGUCAACGCUAUGGUUUACGGUCAUGGAUCACCCGUUUACUAUGACAGUAUACAGAAACAUACAGGCGCCCGUGGUUGGAGCUAUGCAGAGGUUUUGCCCUAUUUUAGGAAAGCCGAAAACUAUACGGAUCCGAGUGUUCAUAAUAAUAAAUAUCUGAAUCCAAAAAAUCCAAUACGAUUGACUCAACCGCACUCUACACCACCAAUACUUUACAAGUAUAUGGAAGCGGUCAGAGAGAUGGGUACAGUUAGUUUAGAUUCAGAUGUAUACUCAGGACCUUUGGCCACUAUAGGACCGGGAAUGUUUGCCGAUGGUGUUCGGUCGUCCAGUGCUAACGGGUAUAUCGAGUUUGGCCGACUGUGUCCUAAACUUCAUGUUCAGGCCAACACAGUUGCAACCAAAGUGCUCAUUGCUGGAGGUAGUGACAGACAAUCUCCCAGAGCAUAUGGCGUCCAGGUUUUCAAAAAUGGCACAUUAUCAACUGUUAACUGUUCCAGAGAGAUUAUCAUAUCUGCUGGUGGUUACGGUUCGCCACACCUGCUAAUGCUAUCGGGUAUCGGACCGCGAAAACAUUUAGUCCAACAUAACAUUAGACCCAUUUGGGCAGAUUUACCGGUUGGUAGUAGCUAUCAAAAUAGACCGGCCAUUAGCUUACUAUAUGAGAUCAACAAUGUCAGUCUCAUUGGACAUACACCUAAUCUGACUGAUCAGCAGAUUGACGAGUGUCUAACUAAUGGCAAGGGUCCAAUGUGUGACGCUCCCCGACUCUACAUUACGGUUAACUCUAAGUUAAAUAAACAAAUAAAUUAUACAGAUAUCAUCUAUUUUGGUAACGUUGUACCCGACAGUACAAAUAGCACGAAAAUUGUGGGCAAAACAUUUACAUUCCUAACCCGAUGUCAGAGUAAAGGCACAGUUAGACUCAGAUCCAGCAAUUGGCGCGAUUUACCUGUCAUUCAACCUAACUUAUUGAGACACCCGCGGGACAGACUACGCUUACUGGACGCGAUCGCACAGUUCUAUUAUACUGUAGAGAAAACAUCAUUCAAAAACUAUGCCUCAGUGCCCGUAAAGCCACAGAACUCAAAGUGUUCGUAUUGUAGACACCUUCCCGUAUGGAAAUGUACCAAAUAUCACAAGUGUUUGAUCCGUACAGACGCCACCACUGAGUACCACCCGCUCGGAGCCGUACCCUUUGGCGCUGCCAAUAGACCGGACUCUGUAUUAGAUGAAAGACUGCGCGUAAAAGGUAUACACGGACUGCGUGUGGCUGACACUUCGGUAAUGCCAGUCGGCAAUACCUAUACACCGAAUACUGGUCCGGCCAGUGUGGCAUUUAUGGUGGCCGAAAAAGCAGCCGAUAUGAUAUUGCAAGAUAAUGUUGGGUUAAAAUUAUGA